UUUACUUUCCUGUUUUAGUUGUUAUGCAUAGAUGAUUCUAUAUUUAUCAGGCUUAUGAAUGGCUAGCUAGGUAUGGCAAUUAGAUGAUCUAAAAUAUUUACCAAAUAAAUUUGAUGGCUGCUAACAAAGCCAUAUUAGCCGUUGCAUCAGUAUAACCAUCAAUAUCCACCCCCUAUCCUCUCUCUGAUCUUUUCUCUCAACUUUCCUCUAUAAAGAACCCUAAACCACCAUUUCUUCACGGAAAAAAAAAAUUAAACUUUCCUCUUAUCUUCUCCCUGCGUUUCGCUCCCCUUUCCCUCUCUUAGUAACAGUCGUACGUUUUCAGGUCUAACAGAACGAAAAAGCCAAGAAGAAAAUUGUUUUGAUUUUAGGCCUCUCUCGGUUGUUACACAAGAGAAAGUCUGAUUUUUGUCAUAUAUAAUGGGAUUUCUCCAUAAGCUAUGGGACGAAACGCUUGCUGGCCCCAUGCCGGACAGUGGGCUUGGCAAACUUCGAAAGUAUGAUUCAUUCUCUGUACGAUCAUCACCUCCUGUUGAUGCCGCUGCAGCUAAUAGCAUUGAGGGCAUGAACAUAACUCGGAGCAUUACUAUUGUUAGGACAAACAGUUCCAAAUAUUUGAGGAACAUUUCUGUUGAUCCUUGUUCAUCUCCUGUGUCGCCUGCUACCCCUAGCUCUCCUACGACACCUCUGACACCUGGGAUCACAGGGACACCACGCGGGGAUUUCAGGAGACUAAAGGCGAGAAAAUCGUCAGAUGAAGCAUUAGAAAGCGGCGAGCCUAGAAGUCUGACUAUUUAUGAUUGGUUCUCUCUCUGUUUUAUUUUUGCUGUAAUCACAUUUAUUUUCCUUGUUUAUGGACGGUCCCUCAUGCUUCUCAAUAUGUUUGUUUUGCAGGAUAGUGAUAAAUGCUUUGGAUCGUUGAGAGAGGAAGUGACCGUUUUUCUCGAGGUCAAUCGGCACCAUAUUAAGCCUUUGUGCGUAAAGAAACCUUCAUGGUAUAUAUGUGUGUGUGUGUGUGUGUGUGUAUAACCCAAUCUGGAAAGAAAAUAAUUACUGUAAAUAAGAAGGUUCUCAAUAAUCACAGAAGGAACCACCACUGCUUCGAUCUUGGAGUUUCCUGGAGAGGAUGGAGUCCGAAAACAGGAUAUCUGAUGAUUUAAGACCUGGUUUCACCACAACCUUGCUCAUGUCAGAAUGUUCAUUAGUUUUCCCUUUUCUUCCAUGGUUUUGUAUUCUGGUUUUGUCCUUUGUAUAUUUGAAUUCUGUAUAUUGGCCUCUGAUACAAAACCGAAACUUAUUGAAGCACUGACAAAUAAUGUCAGAAAAUAUGUGCCGUUUCAUUCCUUAA